UGCCGCGCGGCCCGGCACUGGGGUAAAGGUCGCGGGGCGGACGGGGUAGUACUCACUCGGUGGAGACACAGCGCUCUGGCCCCGUUCUUCAUCCACCGCUGCCGCCAUGGCGGAGCAGCCGCAGCCCAUCAGCCCCGUGAAGAACUUCUUCGCUGGCGGCUUCGGAGGGGUCUGCUUGGUGUUCGUGGGGCACCCGCUGGACACCAUCAAGGUCAGACUGCAAACCCAGCCGAAGCCACAGCCUGGUCAGCCUUUGCUCUAUUCUGGGACCUUUGACUGCUUCAGAAAGACUCUGGUUGGAGAGGGAGUCCGAGGCUUAUACAGAGGAAUGGCAGCUCCUAUUAUUGGAGUGACACCCAUGUUUGCUGUGUGCUUCUUUGGAUUUGGCUUGGGAAAAAGGCUCCAGCAGAGAAAACCUGACGACGUUUUGACAUAUCCUCAGCUGUUUGCUGCUGGCAUGUUGUCAGGUGUGUUUACAACAGUAAUCAUGGCUCCUGGAGAGAGAAUCAAGUGCCUUUUACAGAUCCAGGCAGCUACAGGUGAAACUAAAUACAGUGGCUCUUUGGACUGUGCAAAACAGCUGUACCGUGAGGCUGGGAUUCGUGGCGUAUACAAGGGGACUGUGCUCACCCUCAUGAGAGAUGUCCCAGCCAGCGGAAUGUACUUCAUGACAUACGAGUGGCUGAAGAACAUUCUGACCCCUGAGGGAAAGAGUGUGAAUGACCUCAGUGCAGCAAGGAUCCUCUUUGCUGGGGGUCUGGCUGGGAUCUUCAACUGGGCAGUUGCCAUUCCACCAGACGUGCUGAAAUCCCGUUUCCAGACUGCUCCUCCAGGAAAAUAUCCAAAUGGCUUUAGAGAUGUGCUGAGAGAACUUAUCAGAGAGGAAGGAGUCACAUCUCUGUAUAAGGGCUUCACAGCUGUAAUGAUAAGGGCAUUUCCUGCUAAUGCAGCAUGUUUCCUUGGGUUUGAAGUUGCUAUGAAGUUUCUUAACUGGGUUGCACCAGGUCUAUGAAGACUAGGAAGUCUCUGGAAAUGAGAGUGGAGGAGAGUGCAAGUCUGCCUCAAAGGAAUAAAUGAAUGAUCACUUGAAGUUUCA